UCAAGCGAACGAAUACGUGCCCAUUCUCACGAAGGGAUGGUACUUUCUUGGAGACAUUAACGGUACACUACUGUAAGAGUAGAUGGCUUAGAGUACGUGCACGAAGGGCCAGAGCGGUCAGAGCUGUCAGUAUCUGUAGCGGGUUGAUAGUGAGGCGUGUAAUGUCCGAGGUUCAGUACAACAUCCAAGGACCCGCACUGGAAGAACACCUCCCUGAAGAGGCAGGUGACGCAGAAAACAUCAUCGGAGGCAGGCCCGCUACGCCACAGUCUAACAGUGAAUCCAGUGACUCCUACUCCGACGACAUCUCUACGGAGACUACGACUGAAGGUACGGCCACAGACAGCGAAGAAGAGAAUUCCAGCACCGGUGAGACAGGAUCGGACAGAUCCUCCAAGGCGGACGAACCGGUGUUUGAAUGUUCGAAGGAACAGGAGGCUGCGACAUUAAUAAUAUACGAGGUUCGAGACAUACUGGAUCUGCCUGGUAACAUCCGCAAUUGGUCAGGCUUCGUUACCCCAACUGGACUGCAAUUAAACAAUCUGGCGAUGUUCAGCGAAAACCGUUCCCAGUACCACCGUCUCAGCAUGUACGGAGAUUCCGACGAACCCCACCACUUGUCGGAAUGCGAAAACUGUGGCUUCAUUACCCCGGUUUUUGAUUAAGGACAUCGCAGUUCCUCG